AUCCAAUUUUCUACUCCGUAUUUGUUUUGACAGAUUUGUUUAUCCGACACUCGAGGGGCAAAACGGGCAACGAGAGGGAAAUGCAGAAAAGAGAGCAAGGCAAACAAAGCUCCGGUACCGCCGCUACACCGGCGAAGAGAGGACGCCCAGUCGGAAGUGGAAGCAAUCAAGUUGCUGCGGCUGCGGCCGCUGCGGCCGCUGCCGCAGCUGCAGCCACUGAUUCAGCUGCAGCCCCAACACUCGCUGGUCCCUCCCUACAAGUACACUCUCCCUUCGCUGAGCUGAAUUACAAAAGGAUUGUUCUGGCUCUUCAAAGUGGGUUAAAGAGUGAGCUGACAUGGGCAUUCAAUACUCUCACAUUGCUGUCAUUCAAAGAAAAAGAUGAAAUUCGCAGAGAUGCUACCCCUCUUUCGAAAAUUCCCGGGUUGCUCGACGCUUUACUUCAAGUCAUAGAUGACUGGCGUGAUAUAGCCUUACCAAGGGUGCAUGUGAAAGAACCUAGGGUGAGACUCUUGGGUGCAAAUUCUCUUGUCACCGGAUUUGGAAAUAAAAAUGAUGCUUUGGGGAAAAAUAAUUUAGUUUCCCUUCAAAGCUCUGGAACUGAAUCUGGAUCUUCCAUCAAAGAGACAUCUAUUAAAAAGACUUCUCGUCAUUCUGGUUGGUGGUUUGAAGAAGACGGCCUGUUCAGUUUGGAUGAGGAAGGGAGAGCUGAAAAGCAACAAUGUGCUGUUGUGGCCUCUAAUAUUAUUCGCAAUUUCUCUUUCAUGGCAGAUAAUGAAACUAUCAUGGCUCAGCAUCGACAUUGUGUGGAAACCCUAUUUAUUUGUCUUGAGGACUAUGUUGUAGAGGAUGAGGAGCUUGUCACUAAUGUGCUUGAAACUAUUGUUAAUUUGUCCCAUUUGCUAGAUCUUCGAAUAUUUAGUUCAUCAAAACCUUCUGUACUCAACAUGAGAGAGAACCGUGCUGUCCAGGCUAUCAUGGGCAUGCUGGGAUCUUCUGUCAAAGCCUGGCAUUGUGGGGCUGCAGAACUGAUUGGUCGUCUGAUUUUAAAUCCGGAUAAUGAACCAUUCUUUCUUCCUUUAGCUUUACAGAUAUAUAAAAGGUUGGUCGAUAUCAUGAGCCUUCCCGCGAACGAUGCUCAAGCUGCUGCUGUGGGUGCAUUGUACAAUCUUGUGGAAGUAAAUAUGGACUGCCGACUGAAACUUGCUAGUGAACGAUGGGCAAUUGAUAGGUUAUUGAAAGUCAUAAAGUCACCACAUCCAGUAUCAGAAGUUUGCAGGAAGGCAGCCUCAAUUCUGGAGAGUCUAGUGGCAGAGCCCCAAAACAAGCCCCUUCUUCUCGUCUUUGAAACCGCUUUCACUGAGAUUCUCUUUGCUGAUGGAAAGCAUUCUGAUAUAUUUGCAAGGAUACUCUGUGAGCUAACAUCACGGCCAGGCAAAGCCACACUAGCUCGAGGUAUUUGGGGCAUGUAACUUCUAAUGUCUCUUCUGUCUUGCUAACGUGUUAUCAAGACCCCGUUUUGUUAAUCCCAGUUAGUUUCACUGGUGCUUUACUCCACGAAUAAUACAAAACAUUUAGCAAGUGUAAAUUAUAAAAAGAAGAUUAGAGUAUUUUUGUAUUUUUCAAGUGGUGGGUAGCUUGAAAUUUAAGUCCUCUCUCUCUCAAAAUACACUAGAUCUCAUCCAUCUGAAAGGAUUCUUAUAUUUUAUGAGUUUUUUCGCACAUAUACCUGAUCUGAUU